CGUCGUCGGAGUAGAGGAAGAGGAAGUAGGAACACGAAGGAUCGAGCAAUCAACACCAGAUUGAUUACAUGUUGGCUAUUGUGGCUAGCGGCCAUGGCCACCCCUCGCAGCUCGUUUUCGGCCCCGCAGCCUCCAUUCGAACGCUUAUCUGGAGAGCAUGGCGCCACCACCAAUGAAAUGCGUCGCAAGGCGUGCAUCGACUUCCUCCUUCAAGAGAACUACCUUCUUACUGCCUUCGAGUUUCUCCACGAGCUUCAGGAGGACGGCCUCGUGGAAUCGGCUACGAAAUUGCAGCUGUUUUUCGCCAAUUCCGACAUGUUCCCGCCUGAAGAGCUUGCCAAAAUGCAGGCCUUACAAGGUAUUGAUGCUGUACAGCUUGCCGAGGAGAAAGAGCUGACUGCUGAAAAAGCUGCGGUUUGUGAGUAUGAACUACGCCUUGCUCGGGAGGACAUAAAGAACUUACAAGAGAAGUUGUCAAAUCAGGUGGAAGUUGCUUCAGAUCUUUCUAGGCCUGAUGUUAGUUUGACGGAUACUGCAACAAAUGGUGAGAAAUCGAUGACUAGCAACGGGAGCGUCAAAGUGCUCGGGAAGCUUGGUGAAAAAGAGAAGCUAGAUAUAAAUUGUGCAGUUAAGGAGUAUCUGAUGGUUGCUGGCUACAAGAUAUCUGCAAUGACUUUCCAAGAGGAGGUGAACCUUGAUUUGGAUGACUGGCCUGACACUGUUGCACAUGUGCCUGAUGCUCUUCGUCAUUACUAUCACGCAUUUGUUUGUUCCACGGCCGAAGCGGUACUGGAUAGAGAGGCGCUUGUGAAAGAAAACGAUGUUCUUCUUCAUCAGAACGAAGCCUUUGAGAGGGAGAAUCUGUCCUUGGCCAAAACAGUGGAACAGCAUAGAAAAGGAGAGAGAGAGUGGGAGAAGCAGGCUCAGCAAAUGAAGGAAUCAUUUGAGCAAUCAACCAGGCUUUUAAAUGAGUCUAGAGCUGAGGUUACUUCAUUGAAAUUGGAGCUAGAUAAGUUGAUGUCGAGUAGGAAAGUUGAAAAUGUGCAGCAAUCAGUUGCAGAGCCAACAACUGCACGGUUAGAGUCCAAUUUAAGUGCGGCAUUGCCAAUCCUAGAGACAGAGUCCAACCUCGCACAGCUUGAUCCCAUUUCAAUCGCAGCAACAGCAAAUCCAAAGACCGACGCUGGAACUGAAGGUGUAAACGGUAUUGCAAAAACGAGGAUAUCACCUGUUGAAAAUACACGUGCAUAUGCGGGUUUUAGCUUUGUAGAAGAUAUACUAGAAGUUAUUUUAGAAAAUAGCACGACUUUGGUAGAUAGCAAUGGGUGCAGGACAUCAGGUGGACAUGACAGUAGAGACGACACACGUUCAGACAACGAGCAUGUGAACUUAAGAGAGCUUAAGGAUAUACACGACCCAGAAGUUGAAACCGUGCAGAUACUGGCUGACGCUUUGCCCAAGAUAGUUCCUUACGUGCUUAUUAAUCACAGAGAGGAGUUACUGCCUCUCAUCAUGUGUGCUAUUGAGAGGCAUCCGGAGAGCACUGUCCGAGAUUCACUUACGCACCUCCUCUUUAAUCUGAUUAAACGACCAGACGAAGCACAACGACAUAUCAUAAUGGAUGCAUGUGUAGAGCUAUCCAAAAAAGUUGGGCAAAUGCGGACCGAGACUGAGUUACUACCACAAUGCUGGGAACAGAUUGACCACAAGUAUGAGGAAAGAAGACUUCUGGUAGCGCAAUCGUGUGGAGAGUUGGGCCAGCUUGUGGGAUCUGAAAUGCGGACUUCUCUUGUCUUAUCCAUCAUACAGCAGUUAGCAAGUGAUCCAGCAUCGGUAGUGCGGGAAGCUGCAUCUCAUAAUUUGGCCGUACUUUUGCCCCUCUUCAACGACAUGGACAAGUAUUACAAGGUGGAGGAUUUAAUGUUUGAUUUGGUUUGCGACCCCAUGGGUCCGGUUGUCGAUACCAGCCUGAGAGAGCUUGUUCCUGCAUUACUAGCUUGGAGAAAACGUGAAAAUCAAUCCCCAUUUCAACUUUAUAAGGGACUACUCUCCAGGCUUCUCCUUGCUGCCCAGCGGUGUCCGCCCAUGUCUGGAGUGGAAGGUACUGCGGAGGCACAGCUUCGGACUCUGGGAGAGAGAGAACGGUGGAGCAUCGACGUCUUACUUCGCUUGCUUACUCAGCUACUGCCAGAGGUGCAAGAAGCUGCUGUUGAGGCGUGUCCAUUCUCAAUUGACGCAUCUGAUGUACAGAAGGACGCUACUUCCUUCACGCAAGUCGUCAUCAAAUCGUACGUUGGAUCCAAUACGGAUUGGCCAACACUCGAUUGGCUAGUUACGGACUGUUUACAAACAGUUCUCCAGCUUGCUCGCAUGCUUCCUCCACGAGAAGAAAGCCUUCGAACUCGCCUUUGCAAGGUUCUUCUAAAGAUCAAUGAUUGCUUUGGCGUCAAUUAUCUCCGGCUUGUUAUGCUCCCGAUUUUCCGUGCUGCCAAUGGUGACGACUUUGAUGAUGCACAUAUGUCGUUCAGAUUCUCUAACCGUGUCAAAGGUUUCAAACCAAGGACACCAUUGGAGGAGCGUUUAGCAACCAUGUGCGUGCUGCCUCUGCUUUUGGCCGGAGUGUUAGGUGCUCCGGGUAUGGAACCAGAGGAUCUGGCAGUCUACCUGAGAGAUCUUAUUUUGAGGUCUAGCCUCACCUUUGGUGCUUGGACACCUACGAAAACUUCAGAACUUAUUGAUUCUGUACGUUUUCUCUGUACAUUUGAGCAGCAUCAUGCAGUUAUUCUUGGCGUUCUAUGGGAGCUUGUUGUGAAUACUAAUGCUGAUGUGAAAAUCAGUGCAGCUGUACUCUCCAAAGCGCUGGUUGGAAAUGUAGAGUUGAAAUCUGCUACACAGCAGGUUAUCCCGGCUUUGGUGACCCUUGGUUCAGAUCCUAACGCGGAUGUUAAGCAUGCCACUAUCGAUGCUUUUGGCGCCGUAGCUCAGCAUUUUAAGGACGAUGAGGUCGUGGACAAGGUCAAAAUGCAAAUGGAUUCGUUUCUCGAGGAUGGAUCGCACGAAGUAACAAUAGCAGUGAUUCGUGCUCUGUCUGUGGCAAUCCCACUGACGGCAUCAACCUUACGAGAUUAUUUGCUGAACAAGCUCUUCAUAUUAUCGGGGACACCAAUGCCUAGUGCCAAGCUAGCGCGGCGACGCGAGAGGGCUGAUAUUAUAUGUGAAGCCGUGCGUGCAUUGGAUGCUACUGAUUUGUCUUCGACGAGCAUCAGCAAUGUGUUAGUACCAACGAUUCAGAAUUUACUGAAAGAUGUAGAGGCCUUGGACCCAGCACAUAAGGAGGCUUUGGAAGUUAUUCUGAGAGAUAGAGGUGGCAUCCGAAUCUCGGAGGUUCUUACCAAGGCAAUGGGGGGCUCGAUAGGAAGCCUGUUUGGAGAAGGUGGUUACCUAAGGGACCCAGGGUACUUGAACCGAACAGCUGCAGAUUUAGCUGCUGUUGAAACUUCUCAACCUCCAGCACUGCCACCUCAAGAGGCCGAAAGCGGACUGAAACGGAUGAUGCGAGGAUGGGGGAGGUCGUAAGAUUUCUUGUACUGUUUGUAGGUUCUACCUGUUCCUCCGGAGGUGUGCUGUGUCGAUGGAGGUAGUGGUGAUGUAGUCUAAUAUCAAAAGCUCCUCCUGGAGUCUUGCAUGUGGCCACUCUGAAUUGUCUUCGUAUUCCCAAUUCUUUCGUCCUCUAUUGUGAAUUAACUGACAAUUGAUCGCGUUGACCGCCAUUUUCGUAAUCGUAUGGUGCCUGACCCUUCUGCUGAAGCCCGAGGGCUCAUAAUUGACAAUGUUCAGCUUA